GACAACUUUUCAAAACUCUUCCCUCAAUGUCUUCAGUUGAAUCCCUUAUCCGGACCUUUCCCGAUAACUUAUCGUCACAAAGGAUACUGGAUAAAAAAUGUGAGAAAAAAGGAAGUAUUGUGGGAGGUGUUUUACUGAGAAACCGUAAUGAAGACAUACCUCUCACACCAUCACUGUUUGCUUACAAAAUGUCUUUGACUUCAGAAGAAUUGUAUAAGCAAUUAUUUUACAGUCAUAUCCCUGAGACGUUGGCUCUGCAUGACAUGUCUUUGAUUGGGGAUCAAAAGACGACGUCAUUUCCCGUCAAUCGUCCAUUGUUUCAACCAUUUCCUUCUGAGCUAAUUUUUCAAAGCUAUGAGCCUGGAAAAUCUUAUGAGUUGCCGUUAGUACUUCGUAAUAUGGAUAAGGUUUCAAGAACAGCUCAUUUGAUUCAAAAUGAUACUCCAUACUUUAAAAUAAAAUGUUUGAGUACACAAGGGUCUAAAGUGGCAGCUGGUUUGUCACUUUCUUUCACAAUUGUCUUCACUCCUGAUGCUAACCAGGAUUAUCGACACGACCUUAUGUGUGUGACUGAUAGAGAACUGUUCUCCGUUCCCGUAUUUUGUAUUGGCCCAAGAGCGGUUCUAGAAUUGCCUGAUGAUAUCUGUUUUGAUGAGGUUCCAGUGAAAGUAGUGAGUAAAAAGUUAGUAGGCGUGAGGAACAUUGGGAACUGCCAGGCCUCUGUAAAGUUUGAUACCAUGAAGCCGUUUUUUGUUGAACCCAUAUCUUUAAAAAUUGAAUCUGGUGCACUAGAAGAGAUAAAGGUUUCAUUCAUUCCUGAAAAUACAGGAGAAGUCUCGAAGAAUAUGUUCAUCAUUUAUGAUACUGGAGAAAGACUUCAGAUUAAUCUUCACGGUCACGGACGAGAAUCGUUGGUUUAUCUUAGGGAUAACAAAGUGUCAUUGAACGGAACAUUCAUUGGAUUACAUUCGCAAACUAAAGCUUUCAUCGUAAACGACUCAUCCGAUGUUAUCAGUUUUAAGUGGAGUCCUUUUGAAAAUAGCGAGGAAGAGUCACUUGUGAAUGACUUAUUAGUUGGAACGUUGAAUAACUCUUGUGAUUUUAAAUCUUUUCUGAAGCAAAAGUUGAUUACGUGGGCCAGGAAAUUUUCUGAUCAACAAAUACCAUAUCCAACAAAUAUUCAAACAAUUGAAUCUUCUCCAUUCAAUAUUGAACCAAUUGAAGGACGUAUUCAACCAUAUACAACAUAUGAAUUUAUUGUACAUUUUAAUCCAGAAAAAGCUAAUUUAUAUGAAGAUCUAUUUUAUUGUGAUGUUGAAGGUGUACAAAAACGUUUAGUUCUAUCAAUUCAUGGUGAAGGUUUAGGACCAAAAAUUAAAUUCUCAUAUAAAUAUUUAAAUAUGGGAAAGAUAUUUAUUGGUUCAAAGCAUAAAUAUGAAUUGGUUAUAUCCAAUACUGGAUUAAUUGAAACAAUGUUUUCAAUUCAUUGUAAAAAUAACACUGAGGGAGAUGAGAAUAGUCAAAAUUUAACUAAAUUUGGCAAAUAUUUUCAUCUUAUACCUGAUGAAGGAUUAAUUUGUCCUGGUGGUUAUCAAGUGAUACAAAUUGAAUUUAAUUGUAAUGAUUUACUUGGAGAAUUUAAUGAAAUAUUUCAAUUUGCCUUUGAUGGAUCAACUAAUUUUGAAGAGAUUACAUUUAGUGGUACUGUGGUUGGACCAACAUUUCAUUUUGAUGUUCCAUCAGUGGAAUUUGAUCAAGUUUCUUAUGGAUUUUCAAAAGAGAAAAUUAUAACGUUGCAUAAUACUUCAUUUAUACCAAUGGAUUUUAUUCUUCGUAUCACUGAUCAUGAUGACAAUGAUGACAUGGAUGGUGAUAAUAACAAUAAAGAAGAUGAACAAUUGAAUGUUAUUUCUAAUCAUCAUUCAAAUUUACAUAAAUCAUUUGAUAAUGCAACAUUUCAAAUUACUCCAAACUAUGGAAAUCUACUUCCAAUGAGUUCAAUAAAUAUAUCCAUAAGAUUUAGUCCAAAAUAUUUAGGUUUAAAAAAGUAUAAAUUAAUUGUUGAUGUUAUAAAUGUUGGGAAAAAAGCACAUUGGUUACCAAUAUCUACUGAGGCUAUCCGUCCAGAUGUAAUUGUAACACCGGAAUUGAUAAAUUUGAAAAGAUGUUUUAUUAAUUAUCCCUAUACUAUUGAAAUAACAUUAACAAAUCAAUCAAUCGAACCAGCUAGUUAUCAAUUUGUUGAACAAUUAUCAACAGUAAAAGAAGUAAAAACUAUAAAACUACAAACUAUUACAAAUCAAGAAAACGAUUCUAGUGAAGAAUCCAACUUACAAUAUUCAAUAAAUAAUCCAGAGGGAUUUAUUAAUGGAUUAAAUUCUGUUAAACUGUCAAUAACAUUUAAAGCAAAAGUAUUAGGAUCAAUUACAAGUGAAUUAUGUUUCAAAAUUUGUGGCAUCAAUGAGAACCCAUUGAAAAUACCUGUAAAAUGUAUGGGAGAAGGUCCAGUGUUACAUGUUGAUCAAACAAAAUUAGAAUGGGGAACAAUCCCUGUAUUACAACCAGUUGUUAAAAUAUUAAGAAUUUCUAAUGAGUCGUGUAUUGAUGCUAAUUAUAAUGCUAAGCUGGUACGAAAUGAUACUGUUUAUAAAGCUGAACCAUAUUCUGGAACUAUUCCAGGUUAUAGUCAUAUAGAUUUGAAUAUAAUCGCAAAUCUAGAUGAUAUUAUAUUAUUUAAAGAUCAGUUAAUUGUACAAGUUGAAAAUACUUCAAAACCAUUGAAAAUUGAACUAAGUGCAACUGGUCAAGGUGGUACAAUUGUAACACAACCAUCAGUGGGUUCUGUAUUAAAUUUAGGCAGUAAAUUUAGUGUUAAUCCAAUGAGAAAAUAUUUUAAAGUUAUAAACAAAGGAAGGAGGUCACAACAAAUCAUUUGGUCUAUAGAUGGACAAUCACCACGUAAAUCAAUCCAUAUGGAUGGUCAAUUAUCAGAUAAAUCGGAAUCAAGAUGGUCAAUUACACCACAUCGUUUUGAUCUUAAUCCAGGAGCUUCUACAGAAAUUUGUCUAGAAGUUCAAUGUGAUAGUGUUAAGACGAUUCAUGAGAAAAUUUUAUGUCAUUCAAUUAUUGGACGAAGUGCUAAAUACUUAAUUAAAACAAUUGAUGUUUCUAUUGACUUUAUUAAACCAGUUAUUGAAUUAUCUACAAGUGAACUGUUUUAUCGAAUAGAAAAGGCACCAUCAGAUGAAUUAUCUAUACAAUUCAAUCAUUUCACAAUGACUAAUAAAGUAGAUUUAUUAUUAACAUGUUUAUUGGAAGUUUGCAGUCCAUUCAACUUGUUUAUUGAUGAAAGUUACUCAUCUACAAUGACAUUUCAAUUAAAACCAUUUGAAUCAAAAGAAAUAACAGUUUCAUUUAAUCCAAAAUAUAAAGAUGAUUUAAUUAGUAGAAGAGCUGAUGAAUUAUUAUUUAUCAAAUAUGCUGAGCAUCCACAAACUGAUGCUGUACGAUUAAUUGGUGAAGUACAUUUUCCAAAUGUUCAAUUUAGUUCUAAUCUAAUUGAUUUUGGUUGUAUAUUAAAUCAUACAGAAAUGACAGAACAUUUAAGUAUGAAAAAUAUUAGUCCUUUACCAGUAAAAUUUCGUUGGACUUUACUUAUUGGUGAUCGACCAAAUAUUAUAUUUAAACGUCAAGCACGAUUAAUAGAAGAUCAAAUUUCUAUGAAUGUUCAAAAAUUAUUACCUAAUUCUCAUAUCAUUAAUAAUAAAAACAUUGAAAAUAUCAUACAAAAUAGUUGUCAAGAUACUAAUGACAUAGAAGAUGAAAUAAAAAUCAAUGAAUCAUAUAAUGAAUUCAAUCAAACUAUUCCAAAUCAUUCAAUUAAUGAACAUAUAUUAGAUAAUAAUGUAAAUCAUAAUUUAUCUACUACUGAAAAUAGUAUAUUACGUAAUUUAAUUGAUGAAGAUGAAGAUAUUAUACCAUUAGGUAUUGAAGAAUUAUUUGAUAUUGUACCAUUAUAUGGUGAAAUUAAUCCAGGUGAAACAAUCUAUUUAAAUUGUACAUUUUAUGGACAUUCUAAUAUUGAAGCAUCUGUAUUAGCUUUAUGUGAAAUUGAUCAUGGUCCUAAAUAUUAUAUUGAAUUAAAAGGUUCUGCAUCAGAUAUUAUUUAUCAAAUUGAUCAAACUGAUCAUAUUGAUUUAGGUUAUCAUCGUUUAAAUCAAUCAAUAAUCUAUAAAUUUAAUAUAAUGAAUAUGGGUAAAGUGAAUUUUAAUUAUAAAAUUUCUUUUCCUACACAUGAAACAUUUCAUGAUUCUAUUGAACAAACAACAUUAUAUAAAAUAACUGAAUAUGGUCAAUAUAAAAUUAUACCAUCUUAUGGUCAAAUUAUUAAUAAUCAAUCACAAUCUAUUCAAAUUAUUUAUCAACCAUUAAAACCGGGUUAUUUUGAACAAGAAUUAAAUAUUCAAAUAGGAUAUUUUUUACCAAAAUCUAUUAAAAUACAUGGUCUAAUUGAUUUUAAUUAUUUAAAUAUAAAUUUACCACGUUUAUGUAUGAUUCAAACAAAAAAUAAUCAACAACAACAACAACAAAUCAAUAAUGAUCAAUUAAUAAUCAAUAAAGAAAUCUCUUCAUCGAUUUAUCAAUUCACUAUGUUCAAAUUAAUUAAUCAAUUAUAUGAUGAUCUAAUCAAUUUUAUUGAUUUAUUGGAAAAACAACAACAACAACAAAAUAGAUCAAUUGUUUGUUUAUGUGAUACAAUCUUUUCAAAUCGAUCAGAUUUCAUUUUAAAUUCUAUUCAAAAUUAUAAUCAAUAUGAUCAAUUAUUUAUGCAUAAUAUUAAUUGUCCUAUUACAAAAGCAAUUAAACAUAUAUUAACAAAUCAAUAUUAUAGAAUGAAUAAAAUACCUGAGAAGAUAAUUAAAUUGAUACCAGAUAUAUAUUUACAAUUAAAUGCAGAAUAUGAAUAUAUUUGUAAUUUAUUAAAUGAUAACAAUAAUAAUCAAUAUCAUAAUGAUAAUCAAUUAAAAGUAGUUACCGAGACAGAAGAACAAAUGAAAUUAUGUUUUAUAAAAAAUUUAUACCUACCAUCAUAUUUACUUGAUUUUGGCAUAGUUAUAAUCGGUUCAAUUAUGAAACAAAAUAUAUCUAUUAUUAAUACAAGUUAUGAACCGAUUAGUUUUCGUUUUGAUACAACAUCUUUAUCAAAAGCUAAACAAUUUGGAUUUAGUACAAAUAUAACAAAAAUUUAUCAUUUACCUGGUUAUCCAGAUUGUGAACAAUUAGAUAUGGAAAUUACAUUUGAUACAAAACAAAUUAAUCAGUUAAUAAAUGAAAAUUUCAUUCAAACAGAAUUAAUUAUUAAAAUACUCAAUGGACCUUCAAUAUCAAUAAUACUUAGAGCUAAUAUUGUAAAACCAACAUUAACAUCACAUAUAAAUACAGUUGAUUUUGGUGAAGUUCAACGUGGUGAAGCACGUAUAAUUACAGUACAAUUACAUAAUCCAUCUCCUGUUUCAAUAAAUUGGUAUCGUUUAAUACCAGAAUUACAAACUACUAAAAAUACUACUGAUUCAGUUUAUCCAGUUCGAGUUCAUAAUAAAUCAUACCAAAGUUUAUUAAAAGAGAAACAAAUAAGAAUUUUUGAAGUUAUACCAAGUAGAGGAAUAUUAGAACCAAAUGAAAAAACUAAUAUACAGAUAAGGUUUAUACCACUUGAAGAGAAGAAGUAUGAAAGCAAGAUUCUAUUGAGCAUUGAAAAUACUGAUACAAUUUUAAAAAUACACUGUCAAGGUAAAGGUUUAGAGCCACAAUUAAUAUUCGAUCGUGUUAUGUUACAAUUUCAACCAAUUUUACCAUAUUCAUUAGUUGGAAGUGAAGAAAGUGUUACUAUAACCAAUCCAUGUGAUUAUCCAAUAGAAUUUUAUUCGCUUGAAUUGGAUAAACAAGUUGUUCAAGAGGAUGAAAUAUUAAGAUCUAUAGAUGGAUAUGAUGAAUAUGGAAGAUUAUUAUUACCAUCACGUAAACCAGGUGAUUUUUUACCUUCAGAGGUUAUUGCUUACUAUGAAGAACAAAAUAAAAUUGCCAAUUCUAAAUUAUCUGAUGAAUUAGAAGAAACUAUUCCUCUAGAAAAUAGUGAUGAGAAAAAUAUCAGAGAGUUAAAAUUCAUAGGAGUUUCUUCAUCAAGUACAUCAUUAAAAGAGGUGAAAAAAUCUAGUACAACCACCACUAAUACAACUCCAACAAAUAAUACUACUUCAACUAGUACAUCAGAACGUAAUAAAUCUGAUCAUCGAAAUGUAUUGUCUGAAUUAAUUCUCGAUGAGAUUAAACAUGAAGGUAGUAAAAUAUCAAAUUUCAAUAAUUUCAGUAAUGGAAAACAAACAUUAGAUGUUACACCUGUAUCACUAGCAAUAUCACGACAUUUGGGUAUGGAUUUAACUCAUGAGUCAUAUAAAUCAGGUAAAUUCGGUAUUGUAAUCCUUGUCAAUGGAGCAUUAGAAUCUAUUAGACGUGAUAUUGUCAAAGAUUUAGCUAGUAAAUAUCAAGCAAUUGUAAUUAACCUUAAUCAAAUUAUUAUUGAAGCAUUACUUACAAGUACAACUGAUGCAGCUUGUCAAGCAAGACAAAUCUGUUUAAAUGUUGGUCUAGAAAUAAUUCAAGCAAAAUUGUAUACAAAACAAAAAGAACUUCAAGAACAUGAACUAGAACAAUGUCAAUUACAACAAUUAGCUGAUUUAGAAGUUAAAUUAGAUUCACCUGUAGAAUUAUCAGAUGAUGCACAAAAAGAUGAAGUUGAUCUAUCUACUGCAUCUAUUAGUGGAGAACAAUCCAAAGUAACCACUGGUCAACAACAUAAAACAUCAGUUAAUCGACAAGGUCAAGUUCCACACAAAGCGAUGGGAUAUCGUGGUGCAUUAAAUGUACCUCGAAAAUUAAACGAUACUUCAUCAACUAUACCUGAAUAUAAUACAACAUGCAAAUCACGACGUAUUACAUAUUCAAUGUUUGAUGAUAUAAUCAAAUCAUCUAUUGAUAAAUCAACAUUAAAUUUAUUAAAUAAUGAACAAUUAUAUACAACAAUUUUACCUGAUGAUAUAAUAUUACAUUUAAUACAUGAAUAUUUCAAUCACCAUAGUAACAAUAAUAAUAAUAAUACCAAUAAAGGUAUCAUUAUAGAUGGAAUUGAAUCAGAUUUUACAAAAAAUAGCAUAGCAACAAUAGAAUUAUUAUUAAAAUAUUUUAAAAAUAAUUAUAAAUAUAUUUAUACAAUAAGUAUUAAAUUCAAUUAUGAACAAUAUAAACAAUAUAUCAAUGAAAAACAAAUAAAAUUAAAUGAAAUCAAAAAUCUAUUGAAUAAACAAUAUCAUGAAAAAUUAAUUGAUUUAACUGAUUAUGAAUAUGAUGAAUUAAAUGAGAAUGAACGUCAAAUCAUUGAUCAUUUACAAUAUGAAUUACGUCAUGAAAAACAUCAAAUUGAAUUAGAAAAAAAACGUAUACAAGAAGAACAAUUACGUGAAGAACAAGAAGCUGAAAUGAAACGAUUAGAAAUGGAACGAAACAUGAAGAAAAGAGGUAAACGACAAGAUGAAAAAAUAACUAAACCAAUUACAUCGAAUCAAGUAUCAGUUAAAGAUAAUCGUGCAUUAUCUGGUCGAAUGAGUUCAAAACCUGUGAAAGACGUUAAUAAUAAUUUGGGAAAAUUAGAUGCAGUAGAUAAAUCCCCUUUAACAGUUUUAGAAGAAACACGCCGUACAUCACGAUCUCAUGAAAAACAUCGUAGAUCUGCAACUAGUUUCAAAGAUGAAGCAUUAGCUGAGGAAGAAGUUGGAGCGUGUAUGACCGAAGAAGAACACCUAUUAUAUCAAACCUUGAAGUCAUUUGAAGGUGACUUUCGUUCUCUGUGUGAAUUACUUAGUACAUGGAAUCGCGUUACGUUACAACAACAAGUAUCAUUAUUAGAAUCACAUGAAGAAAGUCCAACCUCAACUAUUGUCAAUUUACCUAUUGGUAAACGUGCUAGACAAAGUGGUUUAAAUUUUCCAUCUAACACUGUCAGUACUAAUUUAAACAAAACGAAACAUUCAAUUGGUAAAGUUGAUCCUUCUAAUAUACAAGUUAUAAAUGAAAAUGUAACUGCUUUAUUACCACCAAUCUAUUGUGAUGUGUAUAUAAUGAAUGAAAACCAACCGAAUAAUAAUAAUAAUAAUCUAGUUGAAAUGAAAAAUGAAAAAGACUCAACUGAUAAUGGUGUACAAAUUAUUGGGAUACCACAUCUAGUUGUUGAAUUUCCAUUCAAAAAAGAUACAAAUAUUAUUGAAGCUAUUAAACAGGAAAUCAACUUAAUGUUAACCGAUCCAGAUGUGAUUCAUGUUGAAAGUAUAGUUGGUACAAAGAUUAAAGAUAAUUUGUUAAUAACAAACAGUUCAGGACAACAACAGCAACAACAAAACACAAUAUCAACUGAACUUUGUCAAUUAUUGUCAUAUCAUUUACCUGAACUCAAUGAAAUAAUCAAUUAUCUAGGUAUUGGAUCCGAUGGGCCACCUAUACCAGAACCGAAUAAUUUCUCAGUUAUAUAUUAUCCAAUUAAUAAUGAUACUACUAAUACAUUAAGAAAUAGAAAACAAAUUAGACAAUCAAGAAUAAUAAAAUUAAAUGAACAAAAAUCAAUUCAUAUAAAUUUGAAAUAUUAUGAAUUUUUACAUUCUGGUCAAGGUGAUCCAAUUAUGAAUACUGUACCAAUAGGAAGUUUAUUACAACUAACUGAUUCAAUUGGAGAUGAAGAAUUAGAAGGACGAAUAGAAACCAAUGAAUCUUCAAAUAAACAAAAAGUUGGCGAUUCAUCGCGUAAAACAGGUGGUCGAUCUAUUAAAAAAGAACGCAAAUCACCAAGACAAAAGCAUCAAACGUUAGAUCAAGGUGAAACUACAAGUCGUAAACCAAAAGUUUCUAUUGGUGGUGCAAACUUCGGUAAUGGUACUGCUCGACGUACUUCUGUCAUAAGCAUACAUUCAGAGCAAACGUCUUUGAAUGAUGAAAUGUCAAGCAUUGAAUCUAAUCAAUUAUUGAUUGGACAACCUCUUAAUCAUUUUCGUUGGAUUGUACCUGCUAAAGGACAGGUUCGUUUGAGAAUUCGUUUUCGUUGUGAUCAAGUUGGUCAGUUUGAUCAGAUAUUCAAUUUUGAAUUAUUGAAUAGUAGGAGAAUUUAUCAAUUAUACUGUCGUGGAAUAUGUGCUUUACCAACAAUUAGCCGUGAACCAAGAUUAAUCUAUGCGAAACGUAAACGUACUUGUAACCAAGGUGAAAUUAUUCAUGGUACCUAUUUAAUGUCUACAUCAUGUUUUGAAUUUGGACCAUUGUUAAUUGAAAAAUCUAAAGAACGAAUUCAAGAAAAUUAUUAUCCUGAAAAUAUUACCUACUUUAAUUUAGUGAAUACAUCACAAAUGGAUUCAGAUAUUAAAUUAUACUUUUUAAAUGAUCCAGAUGAAGAAUGUUAUAGUGUAGAACCAAAAGAAUUAAAUCUUAAACCAAAUCAAUCUAAUAGUGUACGUAUUUGUGCAUUUCCAAAAUUGAAUAAACAUUAUAAUGAUGCACUUGUUUGUUUAAUUAAAGAUAAUCCAGAACCAAUUCUAUUUAAAUUAGCUUGUGAUGGUGUUUUACCAGAAUUGGAAUUGGAUAAAAAAGUAUUUAAUUUUGAAAAAGUAUUAUUACAAAGGAAAGAAGUACGUUCUAUUAUUUUGAGAAAUCGCACUUUAUUACCAGCUCAAUGGAAAUUAUCUGGAAUCGAAGCGUUAGGUGACGAAUUCUCUGUAUCACAGGAUGCCGGCAUUGUUGAACCACAGUCAGAAUCUAUUGUCUAUGCUUAUUUUCGUGCAAUGAAAUCUGUCAAACCAAACCAGAAGAGAAGCUUACGUCUUGAAGUUUAUGAUUUAGAAAAUAUUGCUGGUUUAAUACAAGUAGAAACUAUACAAGUGAUGGCUGAAGCAUAUGAUGUUGCUUUAGAUAUUACAUUUCCUAAGGGGAGUGAUGGAGGUAUUGAUUUCGGUUUAAUCAAAGUUGGUGAAGAAGUUAAACAUGCUAUUACAUUGAAGAAUAAAGGUCCUUAUGAAAUAGUAACUAACUUUAUCUUUACAAAGAAUGAUAAAUUUAAAACAGAUUUUAGUAGUAUCUUCACUAUGUCACCUCAACGUAUCAGUCUAUCUCCAACAGAUAAACUCACACAAGUAAACCUAACAUGUUGCACACAAUCAGAGUUAAUUUUAAAAGAAGCAGAAAUACUUAAAUGUCAAAUUAUUGAACCAAAUAUUAAAGGAACUCCACAACUGAUUGCAUCAAUUCCAAUAAAAUUGUCUGUAAAAGCAGAAUUCAGCAAAUUUACAAUUUCUCCCGCACAUGAUAUUAAUUUUGGUUCACUUAUAUUACAUAAUCAUAAAACACGACAAUUGAUCAUUGAAAAUAAUGGAGAUUAUGAAUUCCGUUACUCAAUUAUACCUGUUAGUAAAAUGUUAGAGCUAUUAGCAACACGUGAAGCUUUAUUGAACAAAGAAUCUACAGGCACGGUGAAACAUAAAAUGUUAGAUCCAACCAUGUUGAGUUCAUCACAAUCUCGUUUACAGCAGGGUUUUUUCACAUUGAGUCCAGCUAGUGGAAUUGUUCCACCUGGAAAUGCACAAAUUAUAACAGUUGAUUGUUUGGCUGCUUCAUUGGGUCAAUGUUUAGAAAUUUCAUCCGGCAGUAUAUUUGGAAUUGAAGAAAAUCGCUUUGUUUAUAGAAAUGUUUUAGUUGGUUCACGUGUUGUUGCACGUUUCCGUAUAGCUAAUCGAAGUAAUGUACCUGCAGAUGUUUCAUUUGAAGUUUGUGCAGUCGGAACAGUUAGUCCUAAUCAACCAAAUGGACGUUCAAGUAGCCGAAGUAGUCAAUCUACUAGUUGUGAUUCGUUUGAAGUGAUACCAGAUAAAGCUCAGAUAGAACCACAUUCAUCUAGUUAUGCAAAUGUAACGUUUUGUCCAACAUCUAUGCAACUUUACACAGCAACAUUUAAUGUAUAUGUAGACAAUAAACUAUCUCCAAGUACCAUAGUUACUUCAGGUCGAGGAAGCACUAGUUCCAGUACAAAACGUUCUUCAAAUCCGCCUGUUCUUACUUUUGAAUUAUAUGGUGAAGGAAAUCUACCACAAAUAAGUGUUUUACAACCAAAACUUCGCAAUCGUGCUGGCCAAACAAUGUGCGUGUUUAAACGCAUUCAAGUUGGUAAAAUAUCAAGUCAGACAUUGUCUCUUCAGAAUAAUGGAUUAUUAAAUAGUCGAUUGAACAUUGAUCUCAUUGAUCCAGAAGGAGUGUUUUUAUUGAAGCCACAAUCGAACAAUGGUUCCUUACUGUUUUACAAUCCCCCAGACAUGUCGGCUGAUUGUACUAGUGAAUCAUCUGGUAAUGAUGAAUUAUCUAUAGCUAAACAAUCAUAUUUAAUUGGUUUAUUAUUAAAACCUAAACAUCAAUUUAAUUUAACAAUUUCAUAUAAACCAAAUAAACGUAAUAUUAAAAAUUAUGGACAAAUUCAAUUAAUAGUAGUAAAUAAUGAAUAUGAAGAUACAUUAAUUGAAUUAAUUGGUGAAUCAUUAAAUGAUGAAGUAUGUAUUGAAAAUGUACCACAAUUAGAUAAUGACAAAUAUUUAUGUAUACAAAAUGCAUUGAAACGAAUAGUUUCUGUAUCGAAAUUAACAUUAGAGGAUAUGGAUUGUGAUCCUAAUCAGGAUGAGGUUCAAACUACGUCAGCAUUACAACAUAACCAUUUAGACUUUGGUGACUGUGGUCCAAAUGAAACUAUAACGCGUACAAUAACAAUCACUCAUUGUGGCAAAGUUAAAGAGACAGAACCGACAAGUUUUCGUUUCAGUUGGCCAACUAAUAAUCCGAUUCUUCAAUUUCGACCAUCUGAAGGUCAUUUACAUGUAAAUCAAUCUAGACGAAUUGAAGUUACAUUCAAACCAUCUGGUUCACCAAUAACACUUAAAUCUCAAUUUAUUAAAUGUAACUUACAUCGUAUUGUUGUACCCGUUCCAGAGGGUUGUACGAAAGCUGUUGACUGGGAUGAUACAAAACAAGUUAUUCGUUGGGUUGAUGUACCUGGAGACAAAACGAAUGGACCAGAUUCUUCAAAUCGUUCAAUACCAACAACAACAACAACAACGACGACGACAACAGGAACAGUAAACUCAUUAAAACCAACAAAUCAUAUUCAAACAACGAUAAUAAGUUCAGAUAAUUUACAAGAACGAAAUAUUCAUAUGAAUUGUAAUUAUGGUUCAUCUAAUGAAAUAAUUUGUCGUAAACAAAAACUAAUUGAAAUUGAACCAGAACCUCAUUAUGAAGAAGUAUUCGAUCAAUCAGAUCCUAAACCAAUAGAAUUAUUCGUAUCUGCUAUAGCUGAUUUUGUUCAAUUUCGUUGUGAUCCAAAUAGAAUUGAUUUUAAAGAAACAAAUAUUUUUGAAAAACGAAUAUACAGAUUUGAAUUAUUUAAUCAAGGAUUAAUUACAUUACAUUUUAAAUGGUCAAUUCAUAUGAUAAGUUCAAUGCCUGAAAAUGAGUCAAAUAAAAAUAUUAAUACUAAUGAAUGUUGGAGCACUGAUGAAAAUCAAAAUGAACACUGGGAUAAAUCACUUAUUCCAUUCAAAGUUUAUCCAAUUGAAGGUUGUAUACUACCUGGAAGAUCACAAUUUAUCGAGGUCACUUUUAGUCCACUUUUACUGGGUGAAUUUGAAGCGCAGCUUACGAGUAAAAUUGAUAAUUUAGCUCAACAAUCAUCCAAUACAAAUCGUAAUCGACCAAUUUUGACAGCUCCAAUAAUCACAAUAACAGGAAAGUCAGAACAUUCAAUUCUACACUUUGAUUUAUGUGACUCAGAUUAUAUCUCAAGCGGGAGAAGAAAUCCAGAAUUACCUGGACCGAAUGGAACACCAUUCGGUGAAAGCCUAGAUCCAUUUACUAGAGUUAUUGAAUUCAAUACAAUUGGUCUAGGCUUAAAAUCUACUCGAUACUUUUCAAUAGUUAAUACAACUAGAGAAGAUUUUGAAUUUAUGAUUAUAAAUGAAGAUUCAAUUAAUGUUAAACAACCUCAAUCAGUUAAAUGUAUUGAAGAAAAGGGGAUUAUCUUAGCUGGAAAAAAAGUUAAUAUUGGAUUUGAAUACAUUUCUUAUCAACUUGGACUAAUUGAAUCGUUUUGGCGAUUUGUUGUCAAGAAAUAUGAAUAUAGUGUUCCAUUACUUAUUGUCGGUAAUACAAGGGAACCAAAUAUACUAUUUGAUCAAUCACAUAUUAACUUUAAUGCUGUACUUGUUGGUCAUCAAGUUAGUAAAACUGUCUUGUUAAUUAAUCAAGAAACUUCAACGUCAAUAUCAUCAACUACUUUCAAUGACAUAUGUAUGAAUAAUGAAGAACAAUCCUCAAAUAUAUUCGAGUUUGAAUUUUUGAAGUCAAGUCUUCAUAGUGCUGGAAAACAAGAUUCGAUUAUUGUUGAACCGAUGUCUGGUUAUAUUCCACCCGGUACAAAAUUACCUAUUCAAAUUACUUUUCAAGCAAAUGGUGAACGUGAUACUAAUAUCAAUUUACAAUGCCUUAUAAAACAUCGUGAUUUACCUUUAACAUUAAAUGUUAAAGCUCAAGGAUAUACAAUUCAUUCAUCAUUAUGGAUUGAUUGUAUUCAAUCAAAUAAUAACAAUAAUCAUAAUAACAAGACAUGUACAACUACUAGUGAACUAAUUGAACUUACACCAUUAUGGUCACCAUGUAUUGGUAUUGAUCUAAUAGAUCUUAUCAAUAAAUCAAUAAAUCGAAUUCAAAAUGAUCAAAAUUUAAUCAAUAAAUUAUCUGAAUUAAAUUUUGGUAAAUUUUAUCCUGGUGAAUGUAUUACACGUAAAUUAGUAGUUUAUAAUAAUGGAAAAUAUAAAUUUGAUUUUAUAUGUCAAUUUAUGUCAUUAAGAAGUAAUACAAGUAUCAAUGAAAAAAAUGUACAGAAACAUAAUAAAGAACAACAAUUGAUUGAUCAAUUAAUUAAUGGUUUCACUAUAGAUGAUAUCAAUCAACCACCAUCAUUAAUAAUCAAUCCUAAUUCUGGUAGUUUAUUACCAAAUGAAAAAUUAACAUGUACAAUUACAUUUCAGUUACCAAAGCAACUAAAUGUAUUAAAUAUAAAUCAUUUAAAAUUAUAUAAUUUACUUGGUAUUUGUUUUAUAAUACGUGAUGGUCCUAUUUAUGGUAUUAAAUUAUUAGGUUCAAUCAAAAAACAAAUGAUACAAUUUUCUGAAACUUCUAUUGAUUUCGGUUCACAAUUCAUUAUGCAAUCCGGUCUUAAACCAUCUAUACGUUAUUUAUAUAUAAGUAAUAAUGAUAUAAAACAAGAAUUAAGUAUUGAAUGUAUUACAAAAUCAUCAAAAAUAUUCUCUUAUAAUUUUAUAUCAACAAUUUUAUCAAAGAAAGAACAACAAGAAACUAAUGGAUCCAAUUCAAAUAGUCUAUGUUUACCAAUAUACUUUUAUCCAUAUCAUGAUCAAUUCUAUAAAGAAACAAUAAUAUUUGAAAUUAAUGGUUGUAGUCAAUAUACAAUUGAUUUAUUAGGUAAAGGAUGUGAAUUAAUCAUUGAACCAAAAGUAUAUCCAUUAUUGAUAAUGAAUAAAACUAAGAAAGGUCUUACAAAAAUUACUCAAUUCAAUGAUGAAGAUGAAUUUAUUCAUCAUAAAAGAUGUAUCAAUUUAGGUUAUUUAAAAACUGGUCAAAUAUCACGACGAUUUAUUAGUUUAAUUAAUAAAAGUUCUGCAUCAAUAUGUCUACAUCAAAUCCAUUUGAAUCAACCACAAUCUAAUAAUAAUAAUAAUAAUGAGAAUAAAUCUAAUUCAAUUCAUAUACAAUUUUGUAAAUCAAUUUCUAUGGAUAAACAAUUCAAUAAUUUUGGACCGAUCAAAGAAAUUAUGACACCAAUCAUUAUUCCAUCAAAUGGUGGGGAAAUAAUGAUCAUGUUAAGUUUAACAUCAAAUUAUCGAUUAUCUAAAUUUACUGAAGAAGUUCUAUGUGAAAUUUCACGUGUAGAUCAAAAUGAUAAAAAUAUAAUUCAAUUGUCUAAGAAUCAAAUAAACACUACUAUAACUAUGAAUAGUAACCAUAGAAAUAAAGAAGAAAUGAUUACAAAUCUACAAGAGAAUACUAAUAUGUUUUUACCAGUAUUUUCAAUAUAUGGUGCUGUGAAUACAAAUGAUAUUAAUUUUAAUACAGAAUCAAUUAAUUUUGGUUCAAUUGUACGUGGUAGUCAAUUAAGUAGACGUUUAGUUUUAAUGAAUACCGGUGAUUAUAAUACAAAGUUCGAAUGGGAUAAAUCAACUUUCACAUCGGAUUUAACUAUAGAACCAAUGAAUGGAUCCAUUGGUCCAGGAUUAGAAGUAACAUUUAUUUUAACUCUUAAACCAAGUAAAUUAACACGUGAAAUACGAAUAGAUAAUGUAACAUGUCAAAUUCAAGGUAUAGGAUCAAAAUUAAUUACUGUUAGUGGAGCGUGUGUGCCACCUACUAUUAUUAAAGAAAUACAACAAUUUUCAACGAUUGUUAGACAGCAAGAUAUUAAAAAUCUACAAAUUGUUAAUCGUACAAAUGCUAAUUGGCAAAUCAAACCAGUUAUUGAUGGUGAACAGUGGGAUGGACCAAAAAUAAUUGAUAUACCUCCACAACAAAUAGGAAUUUAUGAAUUAACAUAUAAACCAUUAACAAUGACUUUAGAUGGAGCAAAACAUAAAGGUACAAUAUUCUUUCCAUUACCUGAUGGUACAGGAUUAUUAUAUAAUUUAUGUGGAACAUCUGAUGCACCAAAAUCAAUGAUGCGAAUAAAUCGUGAAAUUGAAUGUAAAAAAUUACAUACGGAAAUUGUACAAAUACCAAAUUGGUUAAAUGUAUCACAAAGAUUUCGUGUUUCAAAGGAAAUUCUUCGACCGGAUAAAUUAGAUCCAAGUACAACUAUUCAAGGAUUAAAUUAUUUAGAUGUACCAGCUGAUUCAAGUAAAGAGUAUAAAUUGAGUAUAUUCACUUAUCGAGAAGGUUUUACAUUGAUUAAAGUUACAUUUACAAAUGAAACAACUGGUGAAUAUCAAUAUUUUGAAGUGAAUUUUAAAUCUAUCAGAAAUAAAAGUUUAGAUUUGAUUAAAAUGCAAACACCUAUUCGUAAACCUAUUACACAUACACUCAUAUUAGAAAAUCCUUUAUCAAUACCAGUGAAUUUUCAAAUGAGUACAAAUAUCUCUGAAGUUCAAUGUCCAAAUCAAUUACAAAUACCUGCUAAUUGUGAAGGUAAAGUAACACUUGAAUAUUUACCAAUUAAAAUUGGUCAAAAUAAUGGAAAAUUUGAAGCUAAUUGUAAUGAAUUAGGUUCAUUUGUUUAUGAAUUAAAUCUACAAGCUACACCAGCUAGUUUUGAAUCGACAAUACAUUUUCGUACAACCAUAGGACAACGACAUUGUCAAAUUGUAAAAUUUACAAAUUUAUCAAAAAAUAAAAAUGAAUUUACUACUAACGUUGAUAAUUCUGAUUAUCAUUGUGAAAAACAAAUAAUUGUAGCACCGGGGGUUGAAGCAUCAUUGGAAGUUGUAUAUGAACCAACUAGUGUGGGUAAUUCACAGGCUAUUUUAACAAUUACAAGUGCACAAGCUGGUGAAUACAGUUUUCUACUUAAAGGUACUGCUCUACUACCACAACCACAAGGUCCAAUAAUCAUAAAAGCUGGUGAAACAAAACAUAUCAUCUUCCGAAAUGUUUUCCCUACACCCAUACUUUAUUCAUUUCAGGUUGACAAUACUUUAUUCAAUCUACCGAAACAAAGUGAAGUUAUUAGACCUGGUAAAGAAUUUAGAAUUCCUGUUGGUCUUGACGCUAAUAUCACUAAAUCUCCUGUAACGGGUAAACUAGUUGUGACAGCAGUCCGUGCACAGUCAAGUGCACGUACAAUCCGUAAAGGACCAUCAAAUGUAAUUAGUGAUACCACUUCCCUAUCAUCAUCAUCGUCUUCAUCAUCACCACAACAGCAACAGUCAAGCUUCAUUGAUUCUACAAUUACAGAAAAAGGCGAAGGAUUUCAAUGGGUUUAUUAUUUACGCGGUGUUACAGGAUAA